UCUCAAAAAGCUGUCCUUGAGUAGUUUUUCUUCGUCUUUUACAUCAACAAUUUCGUAUCUUGACAAUAUUUUACAAAGUAAGAUGAAUAUUUUUAGCCAAUUUUCUAAUUGAAAAAUGCGAAUAAAUUGAUUAUAAAAUCGUUUUUAUUGCGUAGACUGGGACAUAUAUCCUGCAGAACCAGGUUCACAGUCCCGACACACUCACAAAUACUGGAAAUUUACUUGCUCCCUUCAUAGGGAACUUUAUAAAAAUUUUAACUAAAUGUUUGACAAACUUUGACAUAUUUUGCUCCAUAUGGUUUACGUGCUUAUCACUUUUAUAAAAUAAUUUAGACAAUCAAGUAGGUAAGCGUUUUCACCCUUUGUCCCAUUUUCUUUUCAUAUUUGUACUGUUUGGUGUUGUGUCAAAAUUUUUAGUAGGUACAUUAUAUAAAACAAACUAUAAUACAAUAAUGUCGUGUUCGUGCCAAGAAAAUGAUAAUGAAAAGGAUAAUUUCCUACCAUUUCCUGCACAUUUCUCCACACUUGCGUUACACGCCGGUCAAGAACCGGAAAGAUGGAAUUCUUUAUGUGUUACGCCGGCUUUAGUGUUAUCAAGUAUAUAUAAACAGCUGAGUCCUGUUGAAAGGACCCCCUAUUUUUAUGGUCGCAUGGACAAUCCUACCAGGGAUGUUUUGGAGGACUGUUUGGCCGCUCUUCACAACGCCAAGCAUUGCAUUGUUUUCUCGUCAGGUUUAGGGGCUGUUUGUUGCCUGCUGGGUCUCCUACAAACGGGAGAUCACAUCUUGUGCGGGGAUGACAUGUAUGGCGGUACUGCUAACACAUUUUCAACGGUUGGAGGCUCGUUUGGGAUGAAAGUCAGUUUUGUGGAUUCUGCAAAUCCCCAAGAAUUUUUGGAAGGCAUAAAGCCAAACACAAAAAUGAUUUUUGCAGAAACUCCUACAAACCCCUGCAUGAAAGUGAUCGAUAUUCGUUUGCUAGCGAAAGUAGCCAAAAGAAACAAGUUGAUGUUGGUUAUUGAUAACACGGUAGCUUCCUGUUACUUGCAACAACCAUUGUCGUUUGGGGCCGAUAUUGUCAUUUCCUCGUUAUCUAAAUACUAUAACGGUCACUCGGAUUCUGUUAUGGGUGCGUUAAUAUUUAACAACACCGAACUUAACUCUAAACUUCGAAUAAUACGAUCGCUCUUGGGUAGUACACCUUCUCCAUUUGAUUGUUAUCAAGUUAACAGAGGCUUGAAAACUUUGGGUUUGCGAAUGAAACGGCAUUCGUCGAACGGUUUAGCUAUUGCAAAAUAUUUGAACAGCCACUCGAAAGUCGAACGUGUGCUACAUCCCGGGCUUCCCUGUCAUCCGCAGCACGAAGUGGCCAGGAGACAAAUGUCAGGACAUAGCGGAGUCUUUUCUUUCUAUUUGAAAGGGUUCGAGGACGAUUGCAAAAGGUUCUUGAAGAGUUUAAGGUAUUUCACGCCUGCCGUUAGUUUCGGCGGAACUGUUAGUUUAAUAAAUAUGCCAAACACUACGACGCACGCUUGUGUCCCACCAGAGCGGAAAAGGAAGGUGGGAAUCACGGAAAAUAUGAUCAGGAUUUCCGUUGGUAUUGAGAACAUAGAAGAUCUUAUGGAAGAUUUAAAAUGGGCCCUGGAUGGCUGCGGAUGUUGCUCUUCAACCGCGCAAUAAAAAAUAUUUUAUUUAUUAUAAUUAUAAGUAGCUGAAAUUAUGUUGACAUUUACGUUUUUCAUACACAAAUGUCACUUUGUAAUCAUACAAUAUACACAAGUCAAAAUUUUAGUUAUGUUAAUAAAGAAAUUAAUGUAAUACAAUAGGUAAACAAAUUAAGUAAAAAAAUAAUGAGAUCCGCACAAGCGCGUUUUAACAGUACUGUUAGAGAAGAUGAAAACGGCGAAUUCCAAGUUGCCUUGCCCAAACACUUUGCCACAACAGCUAUACAUUACUAUCAUGAGCCGGAAAAUUGGAGUGCCCUGGCUGUCGCGCCACCUCUAGUUACAGCGAGUGCGUUUAAACAAAAUUUGGAUUUAUGUGGUUCGCCCCAUCGUAACAAUCCCACCCGAGAAGUUUUCGAGAAAUCAUUAGGCGCUCUGUAUCAGGCAAAAUACUGUUUUGCCUUCUCUUCGGGAAUGUCAGCUGUCACUGCUGUAAUGGCCUUGUUAAAAUCUGGUGAACAUAUUGUCUGCGGCGACGAUCUUUACGGUGGCACAGUAGGACUCUUUAACAAAAUCUGCCCUUCCUUUGGUGUUUCGGUUACGUAUGUGGAUCCGACAGUUUGCGAAAUCACCAAAAAUAUUAAACCAAAUACUCGCAUGGUGUACAUUGAAUCUCCAACGAAUCCAUGUUUAAAAGUAGUUGAUAUUGCCGCAGUUAGCAAAAUAACUAAACAGCGAAAACUAAUACUAGCCGUUGAUAAUUCAACACCAAGUUGUUAUUUGCAAUUCCCGUUCAGCCUUGGUGCAGAUGUUGCUGUGGAUUCGCUCACUAAAUACGUCAACGGACAUUUUGAUGUGAUAAUGGGGGCCGUUGCUACCAACUCUCCUGACAUAGCGGAGAAGAUUCAUACCCUUCAAAUCCUCAUGGGUACUGCUGCCCCGCCGUUCGACUGCUUUCUCUGUUUGAGGAGUCUGAAGGCUAUGUCCCUCCGGGUAAAAAGACAAUCGCUAAACAAUCUUGAAUUGGCAAAAUAUUUAGAAGGUCAUCCAAAAGUGGCAAAAGUUCUACAUCCGGCAUUAAAAUCGCAUCCCCAACACGAACUUGCUUUAAAGCAGAUGGCAGGUCACAGUGGUCUCUUGACCAUUUAUCUGAAAGGAAGCGGCGACGAAGCAAAGAGAUUUGUGCAAAGUUUGAAACUGUUUCGCUUGGCGGUGAGUUUCGGUGGCAUUGAAAGUCUUAUACAGAUACCCUCCUUGAUGACUCAUACAGAUGUGCCUAAAGAGCAAAUGGAUAAACUUGGCAUUACGGAUACCAUGAUACGGAUCAAUGUCGGACUUGAAAAUAUCGAAGAUUUAAUCGAAGACAUGGAGGUAGCUUUAAAUAAACUGUAAUUUUCGUAUUAACAAAAAUCUGAAUUUUAUAAUUUCAUUAAACAUUUCCAAAAU